AUGGACCUUGGAAAUCAUAAUGAUGGACAAGGUAAUAGAGUCAAUCAUGUGCACAAUCCAAUCCUUCUUGUUGAUGAUAGGGAUCGUGCUAUUAGACAAUACGUUGUGCCACUCUUCAAUGAGUUAAAUCCAGGAAUUAGGAUACCGAAUAUCGAGGCACCCCAAUUUGAAUUGAAACUAGUAAUGUUUCAAAUGCUCCAAACGGUGGGCCAGUUCAGUGCUUUAGGAAGACGAGUAGCUGAGAUUCAUGAAGUUGAUGCUCUCACUUCAUUCUCUGCUCAGAGUAAUCAAGGAAAUGGACCCAACACUCAUAUGCAGCAUAGACCCAGCCAAUCUCAAGGGUUUAGUCAACAAGCCCCAAAAGCACCUCAAGUUGAAUCAUCAAAUAGUUUGGAGGACUUGUUGAAGGCGUACAUGGCGAAAAAUGACACUUUGAUUCAAAGUCAAGCAACAACACUGAAAAAUCUAGAGAACCAGAUAGACGAACCUAUUGAAAAGAAGGAAAGUCAACCAACAGUUGAAGUUCCUACACCAAAAAAUCCGAAUGUUGAAAAAGUUGAUGAGAUUUGCCUCAGAAUAGUUCCAUAUCCUCAAAGACUUCAGCAGCAUAAGCAAAAACAGGAGGUGGAGGCUUUAGAGCAGAUGUCCAACUACGUAAAGUUUAUGAAGGAUAUUUUGUCCAAGAAGAAAAGACUUAGUGAGUAUUACACUGUUACUUUAACGAAGGAGUGUAGUGCGUUCUUACAAAACAAGCUACCUCCGAAAUUGAAAGAACUUAAAAGUUUUACAAUACCCUGUAACAUCAGAGAAUCUUACUAUGGUAAAGCUUUGUGUAACUUAGGAGCAAGCAUCAACUUAAUGCCCAAAUCUAUUUCCAAGCUAUUGAGAAUAGGUGAAGUAAGACCCACUACUAUGAAACUUCAACUUACAGAUCGAUCUUUAGCAUAUCCCGAAGGAAAGAUUGAGGAUGUUUUGGUAAGAGUUCAUAAGUUUAUGUUUCCUUCUAACUUCAUUGUGUUAGAUUUUAAAGAAAAUAAGGAAGUUUUGAUUGUCCUUGGGAGACCUUACCUACCUACGGGAAGAACGUUGAUAGAUAUGCAAAAAGGAGAACUCACAACGAUAGUUCAAGACGAUUAG